AUGGACCUGCUUGAUACGCUCGACUUGUCACACUUUCACUCCGGGGAUGAGCUGCAGCGUGUCGAGUUUUGCAAGUCGCUGUUUCUUUCCUUCCAGCAAAACGGGUUCGUCAAGCUCAUCAACCACGGCUUGAGCGCGGAAUACGUGACGGAAGGACUGCGAUAUAACAAAGCCCUCUUUGCCUUGAGUAAGGAGAAGAAAGCGGGUUUUGCCCACCCGCCACGGCCAAACCCGCACAGAGGAUACAGCUAUGUUGGACAGGAAAACAUCUCGGGGGUCACCGGAUUCGAGCGCGGUGAGCAAAGUGGCCAGAGAGUCGUUGACUUGAAGGAAUCGUUCGACCAUGGUGCCCCCGACAACACCAUGUACCCCAAUAUCUGGCCGGAUGAGGACGAUCUCCCAGGUUUCCGGCAGUAUAUGCUCGGCUACUACGAGAAAUGCUACAAACUACAUCUCGAGAUCAUGAGCGCGCUGGCCUUGUCGCUCGGGCAGGAUGCGCACUUCUUUGACCCCCUGCACGAUGCUCGUGCAAGCGAGUUACGACUGCUCCACUACCUCGAAGUCCCCAAAGCCCAAAUCGGCCAAUGCGACCAGACCCGCAUCGCGGAGCACACCGACUUUGGCUCCCUCACCCUCCUCAUGCAGGACGGCUCCAACGGUCUCGAGGUGCAGGACCCAGCAACGGGCUCCUUCUUUCCCGUGCAAUGCACUUUCCCGACGUUGAUUGUCAAUGUGGGCGACUCGAUGAUGCGCUGGAUGAAUAAACGUAUCCACUCGGCAUGUCAUCGCGUCCCGAUCAACGCCGACAGGAUAUCUCCCGAGACGGGCUCCGUGCCUGCCCGACACUGCAUCGCGUACUUUGGAAAGCCGAACCCGGGUGCAUCGCUGAAGCCUCUCGACGCGCUGGUCAACGAGGAGUAUCCUGCUGUCUUCGAAGAUAUCAAGGCGCAUGACUAUGACCAGAGUAAGCUGCGUCGUAUCUAUGCCGCAGCGUAA